UACAAAACACCCUUUUUGCAGAUUUGAAAGUAAAAAAUUUGUCAUUAAUUAUUAUACACAGACGCAGAGUUAUAGAAGAAAAGGUGAAUACGACACAACAUAAUUAAUUAAACAAUUUUAAAAGAAAAUUAUCCUUAAUUAAACAUAACUAUUAAACAAAUUUCUAAAGAAAUUACAGUAAAUUUGCCAACAAUUCCAUAAAAAAAUUGCUGCAUUUCCUGUCUAGUAUUUGUGUGAGUGCCUCUGUGUGCGUAUUAUUGUUGGGUCGUUGACGUUGGCAGCUGCUGAUUGAGAAAAAUCAAUUUUUCUGCGGAAGAAGAUUUUUCCUUAUUCCGAACUUUUCUUGCUGCGUUAAGAGUUUCAAAGUUUAAUAAAAAAAGAAACAAAAUGAGUUCUCAAGGUAAUUGUUUUGUAGUCAUGCCACCAAAUUGUGCCACGGAUACUGUCAUCUUAGGACGUAAUGCUGAAAAUGAAAGUUUGGUGGGUGUGGCCCAAGAAGUCUUCUAUUACGAUAAUUCCGAGUCCCUAGAGGGCAAGACUGACUUGGUGGGAGAUGCUUCUGCUUUGCGUGUAAUAUUGCAAAAACCUAAACCAGGUGUCUGGGGUGGUGAUUGCGGCUCGAAUGAACGUAAUCUUAGUGUGGCCAUUACUUGGAGCAAUGAUGCUGAAAGUGAUUUAUCCGCUUUUGAUGUAGUGCGUUUGUCUUUGGCCUCAGCUGAGUCUGCCGAAGCUGCUGUUGAGCGUGUGGGCGAAUUGGUGGCCCAGCACGGUCAUGAUGACACCAAAUUCAGUUUAAUCGUCUGUGAUCCUUCUCAGGUCUGGUUAAUUAGUUGUGCCGGCAAAUUGUGGGCUGCUCAGCAAUUAACCUCUGGCUAUCAUCAUUUACCCAGUGAUGGUUUGGCUGUGACCACCACUAUUGACAAAUCCAUAGAGGGUUUGUCUGAUGCUUUGAAGACUUUGGGAUGCUGGGAUGGUGAGGGUGACCUAAACUUUGCAGCCUGUUUUGACUGUUCUCCCAACUCCUCCACCGAUUGGAGUGGCGAUGAACCUUCCGACGAUGGCUCCUAUUCGCUAACCAGUAUGUUUGAAACUUUACGCUCUUCGGCCAAUGCAGCCUCCUCACGUUCAGCUACAGUUUUUGUUUUGUGUAAUAAUGGCAUUUCAUGUCAUUGGUUUACGGCAACACCCAAUGCCAGCGAAUCGGUAUUUAAACCAUUCGUCUUUGCCCCCCAACCCAAAAUAUCACCACUCACUAAAGUGCCAGCUGAUAAUGAAAUAACAUUAUUGCACAAAUUGCAUGGACAACGUAAGCCGGCCUCUUUGGAGCAUUUGAAAGCAUUAGAGGCAGCUUGUGUUGAGGAAGUUUCGGCCUAUUUAGCUGAACAUCCUGAAGUCAAUGAGGAAUUGGAUGAAUUGAUGAAGGAUUGUGUAGAAGCUGAGGUUAAAUUCUAUCGUUAAGAGAAGAGAAUUUAAACAGAAAGAAGCAAUUGCUGGAAAGAAAAUAAUGUGAUGCUGAUGAUAAAAACAAAACGAUUUUUUUAUACUUGAAGAAAAAACGAAAACAUUUUUACGAUUAAAACCAACACACACUUGUCUCUCAAAAAAAAAAAAAAAAAAAAAAAAAAAAAAAAAA